AUGACUAUCGCAAACAAGCCCGCUCCGGCUGUUUCUUAUUAUACACCUGCUCAAGUACCUGCUGCGGGUACUGCGUGCGACCCCCAGCCUGAUGGGAAACCAAUCCCAAAGCUGUUCCAGCCUAUAAAGGUUCGCGGAACGACUUUCCACAAUCGUAUUUUUCUCUCGCCCCUUUGCCAGUACUCAUCUGAUGAUGGCCACUUCACGUCAUGGCAUAUGGCACAUCUCGGUGGAAUCAUAUCUCGUGGACCGGGUCUUGCCAUGGUUGAAGCUACCGCUGUUGUGCCGGAAGGUCGGAUUACUCCAGAGGACGCUGGAUUGUGGAAGGACAGCCAGGCCGAGUCUCUUCAUCCCAUCGUCGAGUUUGCGCAUUCACAAAACCAGAAGAUUGGCAUUCAACUCGCGCACGCGGGUCGCAAAGCAUCCACCAUAGCCCCUUGGUUACACGGUGGUAUGGUGGCGACGGAAGAGGUGGGGGGAUGGCCUGAUGAUGUAUGGGGUCCUUCUGCUAUCCCUUAUGACGAAAAUCAUCCAUAUCCAAAAGAGGUGACCAAAGAAGAAAUAAAAAAGGUCGUUGUUGCCUUUGCGGAAGCAGCGAGACGUGCGCUUAAAGUGGGGGUUGACGUGAUAGAGGUACAUGGGGCCCAUGGGUAUCUACUGACAUCGUUCAUGAGCCCAUACACCAACAAACGCACGGAUGAAUAUGGAGGCAGCUUCGAGAAUCGCGUUCGAUUCCCUUUGGAAGUCGUGGAUGCCGUCAGGAACGUCAUUCCAGACGAUAUGCCUCUAUUCUUCAGUAUCCUUGCUGACCACGGCGUUGAUUUCCUUGAUAUUUCUACUGGUGGAAAUAGUCCCAAGGCGGUAGUGGUGCGAAAGGCUGUUGCUUUUCAGGCGCCCUUCGCGGAAGCUGUCAAAAAGGCAGUCGGCGACCGGAUUCUGGUUGAUGCUGUGGGAUCAAUCAGCAAUGGUCAUAUCGCCCUGGAAGUAUUAGACGAGGGCCAGGCAGACGUUGUCUCCGUUGGACGACAGUUCCAAAAGAACCCGGCUUCGGUAUGGGCAUUUGCAAGUGAUCUUGGAGUAGCGGCCAAGUUUGCCCACCAGAUCGAGUGGUCUUUUGCAGGCCGUAGGACUAAGGAGCCGAAGAAGCUAGCUUGGUAA